AUGCGGCGGUCAUCUGCAGCAGCAGCAGCAGCAGGAACAGCAGCAGCAGCAGGAACAGCAGCAGCAGCAGGUGCAGCAGCGCCGCAGGCUACACCGGCAGCAGAAGAAGCAGCCGGCUGCCAGCACCAACAGCAGAACCCCUUAAACCCAAACUCCAGCAGCAGCAGCAGCUCCAGCAGCAGCAGCAGCUCCAGCAGCCGCAACAUUAGCAGCAGCAACAUUGACAUUAGCAGCAGCAGCAGCAGCCCCAGCAGCAGCAACAUCGACAUUAGCAGCAGCAGCAGGCCCAACAGCACCAACAUCGACAUUAGCAGCAGCGGCGACAUCGGCAGCAGCAGCAGCAUCAGCAGCAACAGCAGCAGCAGCAGCAGCAGCAGACCUGCAGAUGACUGUCUCUGCGGGGUGGCCAGUGAUGGGGGCGAAGUGAGCAGCAAGUGUCUCCUCUGUUGUUUUGAAGUGCAAAUUUUUAACAAACAAAACCCCACACUCAACUUGCUGCUCUGCUGCAACAUUUUGCUUCCGACGCUUCUCAACCUGCAGCAGCAGCAGCAGCAACAGCAGCAGCAGCAACAGCAGCAGCAGCAACAGCAGCAGCAGCAGCAGCAGCAGCAACAGCAGCAGCAGAAACUGUCGACGUAA